AAUCUAAAAUCUUAGAAAAUAUAAAAGUCGUGGCAUUGUAAACAUCGAACAUCAGUUGAAGUUUUCCAGCGCAACAUAACAAAACAAAAGGAUUAAGAAAAUUGGUAUAAAAAGCAAAAAAAAAAAAGGAAAUAGAAAAACAAACAUGUUAAACAAAGUGACUUUCGCCUUGUGUCUAGCCUUUGUGGCUUUGACCUCUGCCCGUCCUGGCUAUUUGCAUGGUCAUCAUCAUGCUCAUUUGGAUUAUCCCUUGCUGCAUCAUGAGCCUUUACAUGUUGCCAAAUAUGUCCAUGUGCCAGCUGCAAUAUCCCACCAAAGUUCAACUGUUAUACAUAGUGCUCCUAUUAUUAAGCCUGUUGUGGUGCCUGUUGUUAAACAUGUUUUGCCCAUAGUAAAAACUUAUCAUGCUGCACCAAUUAUCAAAACUAUACAUCCUGCUCCUUUGCAUUAUGAUCCCUUCUAUCAUCAUCAUUUUGAUCAUCAUGAUUUUCAUCAUUAUCAUUAAAUGAACUACAAACUGUCUUCUGUUCUUGAUCUAAUCAUCUGAAAGAUUUUGCUGCAAAUUAAAGAAGAAACUCUCCCUCCAUAUGAGUAAGUCGUUCAUAUUUACAUGAGUCUGGAACAUCAUUAAAUGUUUUUUUUUUGUUUUUAAUUAUUUUUUAUUUUUAUAAAGUAGGAGUAUUUACAAAAGUGAAGUGUUUAUUUUACAGUUUAAAUGUUAAUAUUUUUUGUUGUUAAAUUUACUUGGAAACUAAAACAAAUAAAUGCAAAGAUACAAGGAAAUAAAA